UCAUCUAGCUGAAGGCGCUCGGUCAGGCAUCCGCACCAGAUCACGUGUGGUAACGCUGUGCUCAACAUCAACCUCAUUCGCUAGCCAGAUUAGAUCAGAGAAUUCAGAUAUAUUGGUCAUCGCCAAAUAUACUCUUCCGAUCUCCUCGACUGUCUUUUGAUUUCUCUUGGUGGGAACGAAAUACAUAAGAAGGUGUUACUGGUAGAAGCGUUGUCAAACACUGAAUACCUGUGACAUCAUCACUACUCAAGGUCGUGGAGGUAGAUCUGACCCUGACCUAGCUUUUCAUCUAUCCUGACUUUUAAAGCUUAGCAGUUAUCUAUGCUGGACAUGUCGAAUCUUCCAGACUUCCAGAUUACAAGAUAUAAAAACAUUCAAGAAGACUAUUAAACUGACUAGAUCGAGUGCAGUCAAGUAGCCAGAAUACUGCCCAUUGGACGUUAUUAAGGACCUUGAACGGUACCAAAACACCAAGGAGUGAGCUCCGUAUGAGAUUUUCUCAGGUGUUUACAUCUAAUGUCAGAACUGUUAUCAUUGGACCUCCUGGUUCAGGAAAGGCUACCAUCUCUUUGCGUUUACAGAAAGACUUUGCUUUGAAAUAUAUCUGCUGUGGCGAUGUGCUAAGAAAUCAUGUUGCUUUAAAAACAGAUAUUGGGAAGCAGGUAAGCAGGUUCGUCCAGAAUGGUUCACUUGUUUCGGACAGUUUAGUCACUAAAAUGAUGAUUGCUGAGUGUCAAAGUUAUGCAAGCGAUAACUUACUCAUUGAUGGAUUUCCGAGAACUAUGAUACAAGCUGAAGACGUUCAAAAACAACUUCCUGUCAGCUGUGUUCUUUGCUUAGAUGUACCCUUUGAAGAAAUCAUAAAUAGAAUCAGUGGGAGAUACACUCAUGUCCCAAGUGGUAGGACGUACAAUGAUAAUUUUAACCCUCCGAAAUGCAAAGGAUUUGAUGAUGUGACUGGAGAACCUCUAAUACGCAGAGAUGAUGAUGACCUGAUAACUGUUCGUAAACGUUUGGAUGUUUAUCAACUUUCUACUUUACCAUUGCUUGAUUAUUACGGGUGUUACUUCAUCGGUAUCCUUUGGACCGGUCCCCUGAAGGGACGCAGCUCGACUGCCAAAAAUGCUAUCAGAUGGGUCUAAAAUUGAAUCAAAUUUUUGAUGCUCAUGAUCAAUAGUAAUAUUCAAUUUUUAUAGAAUUGAAGUUCAUUUUUAUUCUUAUUUAAACUGUGUUUUUAAAACCUGUCUAUACUACUUAUAUAUACUUAUUUACUUGUUGAUUGUGUUUCAUUGUUUUCUCGAGAAAUUAU